AUGAGGACGCUUUACCGAGCUGCUACUCGCCUUGGGCUGCGGGAGAUCACCCCCCGGCCUGGCCCUCUGCGCCUUGCCAACCCCAAGAUCUGCCGCCAAUGGAACAGCACGGCCUCCUCCCCUCAGAACGUGGCCCGGUCGUCUAUAUCAACGCUGGGGAAUGCAGGCCGCCUCUUACUGGCUACUGUAGCCGCCACGGGCUUGGGCUAUGCCGCCGGAUCGUAUUAUUCCCAGUCCAAUAACGCCGCAGACGCCACCGCCGAUCCAAUAUAUGCAACCCCAAAGCAGGUGGAAAAGGCGAUUGCCGAACUAAGAGAGCUCCUGGGAGAAGAUACCAUUAGCACAGAUGAUGAGGACUUGCAUUUGCACGGCUAUUCGGAAUGGUCUUCUGUUAAUAUCGACCGCUCGCCGGUUGCCGUCGCAUAUCCCAAGAGCACGGAGGAGGUGUCUAAAAUCGCUGAAAUAUGCCACAAGUAUCGCAUUCCUAUGAUCCCCUACUCCGGCGGUUCCAGUCUUGAGGGCAACUUUUCUGCUCUCCAUGGAGGAAUCAGCAUCGACUUUCUACAAAUGGACAAACUCCUUGAGCUCCAUGCAGACGAUUUAGACGUCGUCGUGCAGCCGUCUAUUCAGUGGAUGCAGCUGAACGAGCAAAUCAAGGAUACAGGCCUGUUUUUCCCCAUUGACCCUAGUCCCUCUGCCAAAAUUGGAGGCAUGGUAGGCACCAACUGUAGUGGUACAAACGCUGUGCGUUAUGGCACCAUGAAGGACUGGGUUCUCAAUUUGACGGUCGUCCUGGCCGACGGCCGCAUCAUCAAAACCAGACAACGGCCUCGCAAGAGCUCCGCCGGCUACAACUUGACAGGCAUGUUUGUCGGGUCGGAGGGCACCCUGGGAAUCGUAACAGAGAUUACUUUGAAAUUGGCCGUCGUGCCUGAAGAGACUAGAGUCGGUGUCGCUACAUUCAACAGCAUCCGCGAUGCAACAAACACAGCCAUCCGAAUCAUAAGAAAGGGAAUUCCUGUCCAAUGCGUAGAGCUACUGGAUGAAGUUCAAAUGGAAAUCAUCAAUAAGGCUGGGGGAACUAAAAGAGCCUGGAAAGAGACUCCAACAUUAUUUUUCAAAUUUUCUGGCACCAAGUCGGGUGUACUUGAGAAUAUUAAUACCACUAAGGCUAUCGCAAAAGAAGCUGGGAGUACAUCUUUUGAGUUUGCUAAAAACGACCAGGAAGGUCAUGAUCUAUGGUCUGCCCGAAAGGCGUCCCUUUGGAGCAUGAUGGCGCUGUCGGAUGACGGCUCACGCGACGUCUGGUCUACAGACGUUGCUGUUCCUCUUUCUAGGCUACCGGAUAUCAUUGAACUAUCCAAAAAGGACAUGGAUAAGCUUGGGAUGUUCGCUUGUAUUCUAGGUCAUGUUGGUGAUGGCAACUUCCAUGAGAGUAUCAUGUAUGAUAAGAACAACGCCGAACACUGCGCGAAGAUUCACAAGAUAGUCCACACCAUGGUCGACCGGGCAAUCGAAAUGGAAGGCUCUUGCACGGGAGAGCAUGGUAUUGGAAUGGGCAAAAUGACCUCCCUCAUCAAAGAGCUUGGUCCAGACACUAUUGAUGUGAUGCGAAGUGUUAAGCGGGCUCUUGACCCACACUGGCUUCUAAACCCAGGAAAGAUUUUUAGUAUAAAAAGAGACCAGUAA